UGGAUUUUCAACUCUGGGUAUCAAGUAUCAAUCUUUUGUUGUAAUGCUUGACGAGUUAGUUCAAGUUUAAGCAUGUGAAACCCAGCAUCUUCCUGCAAAAUUUCCCCUUGUUUUCUGGUUUCGGAUCGGGUUUUCAAGUGGUGGAAAGGGGCCCAUGGCGACUGCUACUAGCUCAAGUGCUGCUUGGAAAGCAGUAGAUUCAGUUCCAGAUCAGUUCCCUGCUGGUCUCCGUGUGCUUGUUGUUGAUGAUGAUCCGACAUGUCUCAUAAUCUUGGAGAAGAUGCUGAGAAAUUGUUCGUAUGAAGUUACGAAAUGCAAUCGAGCCGAGACUGCAUUGUCUAUCCUGCGUGAGAACAAAAACGGAUUCGAUAUCGUCAUCAGUGAUGUUCAUAUGCCGGACAUGGACGGAUUCAAACUUCUUGAGCAUAUUGGUUUGGAGAUGGAUCUCCCUGUCAUCAUGAUGUCGGCAGAUGAUGGAAAACAUGUCGUUAUGAAGGGUGUUAUUCAUGGUGCCUGUGAUUACCUAAUCAAACCGGUUCGUAUCGAGGCACUGAAGAACAUAUGGCAGCAUGUCAUUCGGAAGAGGAAGAAUGGGUCGAAGGACUUGGAGCAAUCGGGAAGUGUAGAAGAAGGAGAUCAGCAGCAAAAACAAUCUGAAGAGGCGGAUUACUCUUCCUCGGCUAAUGAAGGAAAUUGGAAAAGCUCAAAAAGGAGGAAGGAUGACGAAGAUGAAACCGAGGAUAGAGAUGAUACAUCCACACUAAAGAAGCCGAGGGUUGUCUGGUCCAUUGAGCUCCAUCAACAGUUUGUUGCAGCAGUUAAUCAAUUGGGCAUUGACAAGGCUGUCCCGAAGAAAAUUUUGGAGUUGAUGAAUGUUCCUGGCCUUACCAGAGAAAAUGUUGCCAGUCAUCUUCAGAAAUAUCGCUUGUAUCUUAGAAGGUUGAGUGGGGUAUCACCGCACCUGAAUAAUUCAUUUAUGAAUCCUCAAGAAGAAACUUUUGGUCCGCUAUCUUCAGUCAAUGGGCUUGGUCUUCAAGCUCUUGCUGCCGGUGGUCAACUUCCUGCACAAUGUCUCGCCACACUCCAAGCAGCCGCGCUUGGUCAUUCAACUGCUAAAUCGAGCAUACCUUUGCCCCUUGUUGACCAAAGAAACAUUUUUAGCUUCGAAAACCCGAAGUUAAGAUUUGGAGAAGGGCAACAACAACUUAUGAAUAACAAUAAGCAUAUAAAUUUACUUCAUGCAAUUCCAACGACUAUGGAGCCAAAGCAGCUUACCACUUCAACAUCAAUAGGAAACAUAAAUAUGCAAGUCGCUUCACAUGGUGUGAAAAGUGGCCAAAAUAACUCGGAAUUGAUAAAUAUGCAAGUUGCUUCUCAUGGUGUGCAAAGUAGCCAAAGUAACUCAGCAUUGAUGCAGAUGGGUCAGCCACAAUUUGCUCAUGCUCCCCGGCUUCCGUUGUCCGUGGGGCAGCCUAUAAUAUCAAAUGGAAUUGCUUCCAAUGUCUCUACACAAAAUGGUAUUCGAGCAAAUAUCCGAGCCCCUGGUAAUAAUCCAGUUUCGCAGACCUCUUCGAUGUUGAAUUACCCCAUGAAUCAUGCUUCAGAACUACCUGGUAAUUGUUUCCCUCUUGGAAGUACACCGGGGAUGUCUGGUCGUACGUCGAAAGGGACAUUUCAGGAAGACUUUAACUCGGAAUAUAGAGGAUCAGUGGGAUUCAUGCCAAGUUAUGAUAUAUUUGAUGACUUGAAUCAACAUAAACCACAAAACUGGGAGCUACAGAAUGUAGGAGUGGCAUUCGAUGACACUCGGCAUUCGAACUCUCUUCAAGGCAACCUUGAUCUUUCGCAAUCGGUUCUAGUGCAACAAGGAUUUACUUCAGGCCAAAUGAACAGACAAAACAGGAGUGGAAUCGUUGUAAGCAAGGCGAUGUUCUCAGCAGGAGAUAGUACAGAACCAGGGAAUCCACUAAAUGUUAAUCAGCAUCUCAACUCCCUUCCUAUUGACAAUACAAUUCGGGUCAAGACCGAGAGUGUUGCAGAUGUAAACCCUGACAAUCUAUUCAUCGAUCACUUUGGACAAGCAGAUCUCAUGAGUGCUCUUCUGAAACAGCAACAAGGCAUUGCACCAGCUGAAAAUGAGUUUGAUUACGACGGGUAUUCCCUGGAUGAUAUUCCAGUGAAGACGACCACCCAUCAUUCUCCAGUUCUUGUAAUGAUUAUUGCAUUUUAUAAUGUACAUAAUCUCUUAUGCAAUCAAUCAUUAGGACCCUUAAGUUCAUGUUUCUUCAAGAAACUGGACAUGACUUCCUUUAAGAUUAUCAUAUGCUGCCGGUUCUCAACAUAGGAGGAUCACAUUAACGGGAUAAUAAUCAGUCCGGACGAGUAGCCUUUGCAAGAUGACUUCUGGGCAAGUAAUAUUCUACUCCUGCAUGAUACAUGAAGGGAUUCCGUUCGAUCUUUUUUCCGGAGCGAAAUCUGGUAUGACCAACUAACUUUAGGGUGAUUUUCAAUGUUUGUGGAGGAUUGUUUCUAAGCACCAGCAAGGCCAUUGGAGGCUAAUAAUCAGAAGAUAUUUGCUCCUCUUAUUUAUUUCGGAAUUGAUUUGUGAUGUGCAUAUACCAUUUUGAUUGCUGUAGACAUAAGUCUGGGCAUUGAAUCCUGGUAAAUUUUCAUGGGAUCCUCAUUUAUAGUUUCAUUUUUAUGUAAAAUUAGACCAUUUGAUUGCUGUA